UCUUAUAGAGUGCAGUCCAGUGAGAGUAGGCAGUCAGGGGGAGGCAGAUGAUUUACAGUAACCUAUACCAGGCACUCUGGCCUCAGAAAGUCUACAGGGUCUAUGUGUUGUGAUAGCUGAGUACAUAUGGUAUAUAGGCAGACUACCUUCUGAUGCAUCAUUACUUUAUUUCUGGUUGGAUCACUGGAGCACAGAAGAAGCUUGGAUGUUAUAUAUUCUAGCACCAAAGGAUCUUCUGCAUGACUUUACCUGGUGGGACAUCUGCUGAGGUAUCCCUAACAUUUAUUAAUCAGGAACCCUGGAUGUUAGAUGGCUAUAGGAAGUAUUUCACAGAGGAGGUGAGUGUUUCUUGGAAACUGACAGAUGAUCCCACCUGUGUGCUGGAGUUAUCUAGUCAAGAAGACGUCUUCCUCGGACCUCUGCUACCAGCAUAGUCUUUGGCUGUAGGCAUCAUGCUACCUGCAUCCCAUCCAGGGACUCUAUCUGCUGACUUGGCCACAUUCAUUGUAAGGUACUCUACCUAUCUUACAAUGCACAAAUAGUCCCUGUAUCCUCCUGUUUCACUAACUGUCCUGUCCACUUACCUACUGGAAGUCCUUGUGGAUUGUGUUUGAAUCAUCGGGAAGAAGAAGAGACCUGAAGGACAAUCCACUCCACACUGAAGAAGUUAGGGGGGAAAUCAUUACAAGGUUACUAUGCAAUUGCGACUGCUUUCUUUGUGUUUGAUCAUUGUGAACUUCUUGGAAUACAUUGAAAGUCAACACAUCCCUAGAGGGAGGCGACAUCGAAGAAUGCAUCCCAAUGUCAGCCAGAAUUGCCAAGGUGGAUGUGCCACAUGCUCUGAUUACAAUGGCUGCAUGACAUGUAAGCCAAGACUGUUUUUUGCUCUAGUAAGGAACGGUAUGAAGCAGGUUGGAGUUUGUCUUCCUUCUUGUCCGAAUGGUUACUAUGGGAUACGUUCUCCAGGAAUUAGUGAAUGUAAAAAAUGUAAAGCGGACUGUGAAACAUGCUUCCACAAUAGUUUCUGCACAAAAUGUAAAGGUGGAUUUUAUUUGCACAGUGGGAAGUGUCUUGACACAUGUCCAGAUGGGUUUGAGAACAAUAACCACAGUAUGGAAUGCAGUACUAUUGUUCAUUGUGCAGUCAGCGAAUGGAGUCCUUGGGGUCCAUGUACAAAGAGGGAAAAGACCUGUGGUUUUAAACGGGGCAAUGAAACCAGAACUCGUGACAUACUGCAACACCCAUCUGCACGAGGGACCGCUUGCCCGCAAACAUCUGAGACAAGGAAAUGCAUAGUGCAAAAAAAGAAAUGCUCAGAACGGGUAAAAGGAAAAGAUGAAGCAAAAAAGAAUAAACAGAGAAAAAAAGGAGAUGUGCCAAGAAAACAAAGGCAGAAAAAGCAGGAAAAGGCUCAGCGAGGAGAAGGAAAGCAAAGAGAAAUCAGAGCUUAGAAGAUGAAACGUGCAGAAGAUGCAGCCAAAGUCUUCCUUGAGCUCUUCUAGGACAUGAAAGGCCUUGCGCCAUUGUGACUUCUCGUGCUGCUAUAUAGGUUACAUCCCCUGGUGUCAAAGACUUACGAUGGAUUGGAUAGUUCUCAUACAGCCAAGGCCUAAGCAACAUUCCAAGCCUCUAGUGUCUUCUCUGUGAAAAUACAGACAAAGAUGGAAUGUAAAGACAGAGAGCAGAAUUGCUGCAAAUGCUCUGUGGAUGCUUCAGAAUUGUACGCUUUAGUGCAUCUGAUAAUAAGGACUUUAUUCUAUAUAAUUGUUAAUAGCAACCUUUUCCCUAUUUUGUAAAAUAUUUUUCACAGAUUUUUUUCAGAAUUAUAGGCUAAUUAUAUGGUGAAGUCUACAGCAUUGUCUACAACAUUUCUGUGGUUAUGUAAAAAAAAUUACAAUUACCAGUGGUACACAUGGCGUGCCAUAGCCAGAAAAAUGAUGGUUACCUCACCCCCUUUACGUCUGUAGAACUGCAACGUCUCAAAAUACUCAAUUCAGCUUAGGAACAAAGUAUGAAUUGAGUUUUAUGUCUUCCAAUUGUUGACCCCACCAUAUCAAACUAACCAACAAUAUUUGUGAUGGAUAAUGUUUAUGGCUCACUAUAGGAGCAAACUGCAACACUAAUCUCAAAGCAAAGCUGCUCUGUUUCUGUAAAAGGUUAAGACUUUAUUUUAAUUUAUUAGCAUUCACAUAAUUGACUGCUGACAUAAUCCUAUCCCACGUACAUGUGUUUAAAAUUGUUUUGCAAAGCCCCAGUCAAUGGGGCAAUCCAGUGGUCAUCUUCAGUUAGAUGUUAGACCGAAAUAAAACAUAAUCCUCCACCAUGAUAAUUGGAUAUCCAAGAGUUUUUAGAACUAGCUUUCAGAGCUCCUUGGUGGUAUUUAAAAAAGCUGCAAAGGCUUUUAUUAACAAUUGGUGGUUGUAAGUGGUACGUGUUAAAAGCAGCAUGGCACUACAAAAUAUUGUAUGUUUUUUGGUGAAUAAAAGCCUUUCCCAUUUUUUUAAAUGCAAGCAAGGAGUAUUGUGGUAUUUCUAAAAGCUCUUGGAUAGCUCUUGCUGUGGACAGGAACAUCGCAAGCACUAAUGGACACAUGAUACGCAUUGUUGCUUAGAAGUGAUGCUGCUUCAACACUGUUUUAUGAUAGUCGGAUACUUAUUGCAAUUUCCAGUACUUGCCACCUAAAUAAUAGCAUAAAACAUUACAUUAUUCUUUCAGUCAAUGACUGAAGAUGCAUCUAUGGUGGGAAAGCUAUGGUAAACCGAUUCUAGCAGUCAAUGGUUAUAUGUUUAGGUAUGUUAUCUAGAUUUACUACAUGAAUAUGUGUGAACAAGAACAGAGUUUAUUUUUACAUGGACAUUAAAAUGUCCAAAAAUAACACUUGGCGUUGCCUUACCACUCUAUAGUGAACUAAUCAAAAGAAAUACGAUACACUCAUACAUAGUAGAGGAGCCGUUGGCAGUUCUAAAAGUCUGUAGUGGUUGUUUCUGUGCAAUCGUGGAAGACAUUCUUGAAGGGAAUAUUAUCACGCUUUGCUAGAAAUGCUGUUUAAUGUAUUGAACAUCAGAAUGGUUUCCAGAUGGACGUGGUGUCCCAGACAUAAUUGCUUUUUGUGCAGGGCAGCAUGUUCUCUCCUUUACUUUUAUUUUACUGCUAUAUCUAUCAUGCAUAUGUCUGCAUGUUAAAAACAAAAACAAAAAAAAAAAAAAAACUUUUACUGACCAAGACCUUUUAUCCUUCUGCUGCUGGAAGGGUCUUUGAAAGACCGAUCUUCCAGUUGCAGACCCCUUCUGCAGCAGAGGCGUUUGGUUGUAAGGGGCAGAAACAUUAAAGAAGCAAUAUGUCAUGGAAGCAUUGUACAUUUUCCAGUUAUGAUAUCUUCUGGAAAAGCUAAUUAUUAUUUUAUAAUCUGCUUAUCGAUCAGCAUGGAGGAUGAAGGGCCACAACUUCAAUAAUGUUGUGUGUAUCUGUUGAAAGAAAUUCCACUACAAUAAAUAUAUUUGUUG